AUGAUCGUGUAUGGCAAAGCUUGCCAUCUUCCGGUAGAGUUACAGCAUAGGGCGUUGUGGGCAUUAAAAACCGUAAACCUUGACCUUACCGAAGCCGCAAGAAGGAGAUUCUUCCAAAUUCACGAGUUGGAAGCUCUAAGGGAUGCUGCCUAUGAACGGAAGUUGAAAUCGAGAUGGAGUGGGCCGUAUGUGGUGAAGGAAGUGUUUCCAUAUGGCACGGUUGAAUUAUACAACGAAGUCGACAACGGUGUGUGGAAGGUAAACGGUCAUCGUUUAAAACAUUACUUGGGAGGUCCUAUUGAUACUACCGAAGAGGAAGAAAUUCCUCUAGAGGACCCACCUACCUUCACCGAUCAGUGA